CUAUUGGAAUAUUAUUCACUUACUAUUAAAACGUUCAAGCAAGAGGGUCGUUGUUGCUAUUGCUGCGCUAGCUCUCCUGUACUCCUCCAACAAAAACCAAAAAAAAAAGAUUACAACAGAAAAAGAAGAAAAUCUACUCUGGAAAAAUAGAAAAAAAAAACAAAAACAACAAAUCAAUUUUAAAGUGAAACCUAAAAUCGGAUAAGUGAAUUUUGGCAUAGACUCAGACUCAGACAAGGACUAGAACUGUGGGACGGAAACACAAAAAUAAAGAAAAAUAUCUGAAGGAUUAAGAAAAGGCCAAAGUGAAAAGCAUAACGGUGUAAAGUGAUUGCAGUGAAAAAAAAACAAACAAAUUAGAAAUAAAUUCUGAAAAUUAACAGAAAUUCUAACAAAAACCAAGAAAAAAAUAGUGCGAAUUUUUCAAAAGUCUUAUCAUAAGGACUUACAUUUUUUGAAAUUUACCAUUUGGAGCAGUGCGUUAAUUGUGGGUUAACAAAAUGCAGCCGUUAAAGCGUUUUACCCAAUGUGGUAGUUUGACCAUGCUCUUUGGAGUUUUCAUUGUACUCUUCGGUGUUAGUUCAACAGCCUUAACCACAUUUGGAAAAUCUAACCUUCCACCACCACCUACUCCGGGACCCAUAAUUAAAGGACGCGAAUGUACAGCACAUGAGGAUUGUGCAGCGAUAGAGAAAUCAAGUUGUGUUCGAGAUCCAGACGACUAUAAAAUGCGCUGUUUAUGCGGAAAUGAUUCGCCACCCAACAACGGACUAUGUCCUGACACACUCAAAGGACUUCGCCACAAAUGCAACAGCAGCCAUGAGUGUGAAGACGGUCUAAUAUGCACCUACGAGAAUACAAACAGAACCAUUGGAGUCGCCAAGUUUAUGUCUUCGAAAGCAAAACUGUGUCUGUGUGAUAACGAAAAUGGAUACUUUGAAGAUGUACACCAUGAUAUAUGUAGUGGAGCUGCACUACAGGCCUUAAGUGAUGUGGUGAUAUCGAUUAUGACUUCAGUGAUGCCACUUCUUGUGUACUCGUGCUUAAAGAACCACUUCUAAAACCAGGCCAGCGAAGAACACAGCAUUUUCUAAAAAUAAUUCUAAUGUAGAGUAUUUCUUUUUUGGGCACAUAAGAACAAAACAUUAAUUUCUUUUCCAAUUAAAAACAAAUUAUACAAACAUAAGUACUUAUAUACAAAAUUGUACCAAUGUAGUUUAGAAAUUUCGUCAAUUAUUCAUAAAAAAAAAUCUAUAGAAAAUUUGCAAAAUCACUUAGAUCCAAAAAUUGUUAUCCAAUAUACUUUUGUCGAACUGAAUUAUAAUUUUUUCUCUUUUCGUUUUGUUGUAAUAACACCCUGUAAGCUUAGACAAAGAAAAAGGCCUUAUGCUAAAUAAAAUUACUUAAAAUUUACCAGCACUCCCAAACCCCUA